UGCAUUUUUCCUAGAGACCACACUGCGUAAUGGAUAGUUAUCUCCCUGCUGGCUUUUCAAUGUGCAGAAGAAUAUCAGGGCUGCCAAACACUUGCCUGGAAAGGGCUAAAAGCUUAAAGGCAUGCGUGGGUGGAUUUCUGCAGAGGCAAGACUGGAGCAUCCUAUGCUAUUCCUACAAAUACAGAAAACCAAGGCUGACCAUGGAGGAAUGUCUGAUGUGGAAACAAUCUUUAGAUAAGCUCUUGUCAAACAAACAUGGACUAUAUGCCUUCAGAGCUUUCCUGGUAUCAGAGUUUAGUGAAGAAAACAUUGCCUUCUACCUGGCCUGUGAGGACUACAAAAGAACAAAGUCUGCAGCCAAGAUGCCAUCCAAGGCAAAAAGGAUAUACGAUGAGUUUAUCGGAAGUGAAGCUCCUCGAGAGGUCAACAUCGACUAUGAGACCCGAGACAUCACUCAAGCCAACUUGACAUGCCCCACAGCAACCUGCUUUGAUAUGGCACAGCACCGCAUAUACAUUCUAAUGGAAAAAGACUGUUACCCCCGAUUCCUCCGAUCGGCUGCCUACCGAAACCUUGUCAACCAGAUUAUGGUUAAGAGCACCAAGGCAAAAACCAAAAAGGCUUUAGUGAAUAGGCUCCCACAUGAAGAGGAAGAACCCAAAUGAAAAACGUGAAUCCAAAGAAAGAUGUUUUACACAAGAUGGCAACUCAAGCUAGAAGUGGAAGAGGUCAGUGUGGAUCCUAAAAAUGGCUGCUUGAAACAGUCGGGGGGCCAUGAUGUGAAGAUUGACGGAAGUAAUUUGCGAACUGCAUCUUGGAAUCAGUUUAUUAUUGCAUCCCCAGACCCCCUUAAAAUAGACAAAUAGGGAACAGACAAGCUGCUUGUGGAGAGAAUUGCAUACAUAUGUGCAUCUACACAUACAACUGUACUCAGCACAAAGGGGAUGCAGAUAGGACUCUACCGAAGCAUGCAUGGGAACAUAAACAAAUAGCAUACUUUCUUACAACAAACCACUUGUGUUGUAAAGUUUAUGAAAUGGAGAAAAGUAUUUUCAUAUUUAUAUAUUAAUUUGUCCUUUUUUUUUAAGUAUUGUGGUGGUAUCAUGGUACAGUGACCAUAUCGGAUGAUCCAUGAUACUGUAUGAUUACCAUAUUCAAAUACCAGUAUAUUUACUUUGUACUCCAAAGUACUUCAAAUAAUACCAUCAUGAAAACAACAUGGUAUUCCAAUGGUAACAUGUCCACAAAAACAAAAAUGGGGAUACUGUUACUUGCUUGUGACAAUCUGCCUGUACUGCCAUGAACCAUAUUUUUAAAUGUUCAAAGUU